AUGUCUCAAGACGCCCAGUUGAGAAAAAGCCAGAAAAUGGACUUCUCCAAUCAGCUACCCAUGGUCCAACGCGAAAGGAGCUUCAUAAGGCCUAACAAGGACGCCUUGAAACGGCGAAGCCAAACCAUGUUGGCCAUGCGUGGAAAACCAUCCUUGGAAAUCUACAGACCCCCCAACGUAAGAACCGAUCUCCCCAUGGGAGGCAAACUCAACGUUCACGCGAAGGAAUUCACGAUGAAUCACGAGCUACAAACCUCCAAAUCCAGUGGAAACAUCAACCUAGCCAUGUACGAACCCAUGACCUUGCAGCACUCGAAAUCCAGCGGCAACAUCCUGAGACACCUCAACCACCCCGGCGGUAUUUACCCGCUGAUCCCGGGGAUGCACCUGCCUCUACUACACUCCGCCUCCUCCUCCCACCUCCUCAACCACGUGGUCAGACCUAGCUACCAUCAGUUCCCGCCAGAGCUGAUGGCGCACCCAGUGUUCACAGGCAUGAACCAGCCAACUGUUUACCAAGCCAACUGGACCAACCAGAGCAAACAGCCCAGUCCCAAACCAGCGUCGCUCAAGCGAUCCAAGAGCCUAGGCGCCGCAGAAUCGAGAAACCUAGCUGCGAAGCUGAGAGACCUGGCCAAGGAGGAGAUACAGCUCGAAAUGUUCGCGCCAGAGCACCAAACCAACUUGAAGCUAGCUCUCGAGGAUCCCAACCAACUGGCCUCCAGGACCCUCAUGGACCUGGUGAAGAUCAUCUUGGAGAAGGUCGUGGAAGGCAUCAAGUACAGCGAGUCCAUAGCGAAGCUGUGCGUGUCUAUAAUCGACACGGAGAAGAACCAAACGUUCCUGGAGUCGUUGCUGAACACCUGUCAGCAGUGGUACCAAGAGCGCGAUAAGAUCCUCAGGGGGAUUAAAGCGGGUGAUGGCACCCGUUUCACUGCUUUCAUGUGGUUCCUGACGGAAAUGUGCGGCCAGAUCAAGCGUCACCAGCUUCGGGACCAGUUCGAAGGCUUGCAGCCUGACCUGGUGCUGCUGUCGGUACUCGCGAAGUGCUGCCAGGCUUGCGUUAGCCUGCCUAUUAAGUGUCUUUCUGAGACCGAAUGUUUGUUUUUUGUUUUGACGUCGAUAGGGAGGGACUUGGAGGCGGAGCUGCCGCAGCAGCUGGAACAGCUGUUGGCCAGCGUGAGGGACGGGUUUUUGGCUAGUGCCGGGUCGCCUGGAGUUCGGCGCACGCUUUUGCAGCUGAUCGAGCUGCACGCUUCCAAUUGGCAGCUGCCGGGGUCUUCGGUGCUUUAUUAUUAUCCGAGAAUAAAGUGA